CUCGCAACACUUAUCUCCCCAGUCACGCUGCUGGCUCCCCUCCAGGGACCUUGGACCCGGGCCACGGCCCAGCCCCCCCGCCAAGUUAAAGUCUCUGCCCCUCCCGGCUCUUCCUCUUUCUGCGAGGGGACAGACGGGAACGUGCCGGGAGCGCCAUGGCGCCCGCCCCCCACUACGCUCCGGCACCGCCGCAGGAGCCUGUGUCCCCCCCGGACGCCCCCGUCAAGCUGCAGCGGGAGAUCUCGCUGCUCAGCGGCAUCUGCCUCAUCGUGGGCAACAUGAUCGGGUCGGGCAUCUUCGUGUCGCCCAAGGGCGUCCUGCUGCACAGCGCCUCCUACGGGCUAGCGCUGGCAGUGUGGGCCGUGGGCGGCCUCUUCUCCGUCUUCGGGGCGCUGUGCUACGCCGAGCUGGGCACCACCGUCACCAAGUCGGGGGCCAGCUACGCCUACAUCCUGGAGGCCUUCGGGGGGCUGGCGGCCUUCGUCCGCCUCUGGGCCUCCCUCCUCAUCAUCGAGCCCACCAGCCAGGCCGUCAUCGCCCUCACCUUCGCCAGCUACAUGGUGCAGCCCGUCUUCCCCAGCUGUCCGGGGCCCUACGCCGCCCACCGCCUGCUGGCCGCUGUCUGCAUCUGUCUCUUGACAUUUGUGAAUUGCGCCUACGUGAAAUGGGGGACGCGCGUCCAGGACGUCUCCACCUACGCCAAACUGCUGGCGCUGCUGGCCGUCAUCAUCGCUGGCAUCGUCCGCCUGGCGCAGGGACACUCCGAGCACUUCGCUGACCCCUUUGCGGGCUCCUCGCUGGCCGUGGGGGACCUGGCCCUGGCCCUGUACUCAGCCCUCUUCUCCUACUCUGGAUGGGACACCCUCAACUUCGUCACCGAGGAGAUCAAGAACCCCGAGAGGAACCUGCCGCUGGCCAUCGCGGUCUCCAUGCCGGUGGUGACGGCCAUUUAUCUGCUGACCAACGUGGCCUAUUACACGGUGCUGGCGCCCGCCGAGCUGCUGGCCAGCGACGCCGUGGCCGUGAGCUUCGCCGACCGCGUCUUCGGUGUCUUCAACUGGACCAUCCCCCUGGCCGUGGCCCUGUCCUGCUUCGGGGGGCUGAACGCCUCCAUCCUCGCUGCCUCCAGGUCUGAGGAUAACGAUUGUGAUGAGCUGGAAGGAGAUGAAGAUGAUGUCGAUAACAAUGCAGAUGCUGAAGUAGAAAGAGAGAAAGAACGUCAGAAUGUUGAAGUAGAAGAUGAAGCUAAAGAGGACGAUAAUGAAGGCGUUGAUCUGAGGAAGAUGAAGAUAAAGAGGAAGGAGGUGAUUAUGAAGACAAGGGAGGACCUCUACAUAGUGCAGAAUGCCACCAUCAAUUGUUUGGUGAGUGGCAUGGAGACCCCCGGCAGCCUGGAGGUCUCCUGGAGCCGGGCUAGCGAGGGCCCGUUGGCCGUGGUCUCCAGGGAGCCGGUGCUGCAGGAAGAUGGCACCUACAGUGCAACCAGCAUCCUGCGGGUGUGCGUGGAGGAGUGGCAGUCGGGGGAGGAGUUCACCUGCACCGUGAAGCACCAAGACAUCCCGUCGGCCAUUGUCAAGACCAUCCGCAAGAGUCACACUCCUCACUGCCUGGUGGAGGACCACGGCGUCUAUGUUGAAGGAGGAGAGGAGGAAUCUGACGGUCUCUGGACACCUGUUGCCUUCAUUGCUCUCUUCCUGCUCAGCCUGUUGUACAGCGCCGGCGUCACGCUGGCUAAGGUGCGGUGA